UAAAGAAGGGGAGCCAAGCCCACCAACUCCAGCCAUGAUCUGCAGGCAAGCAGUGAGCCUUGUGGGGCGAGGGGCCAUCCGGACAGCCUUUAACACUGCAGCCAAAGUGCUUGGUUGUUGCUCAGGAUUGUACAGCCGCGGUUUCCCCACGCAGCAGCAGCAGCAGCAAAGAAGCCUGUCGCUCCAUGAAUACCUGAGCAUGGGACUCUUGAAGGAGGCCGGUGUCUCUGUCCCAAACGGACAGGUUGCCAGGACCCCAGAGGAGGCCUACACAGCGGCCAAGAAGAUUGGCACCAGUGACCUUGUGGUCAAGGCCCAGGUCUUGGCUGGCGGCCGAGGGAAAGGGACCUUUGAAGGAGGCCUUCAAGGGGGAGUGCAAAUCGUCUGCUCCCCAGAAGAAGCCCAGGAGAUGGCCUCUCAGAUGAUUGGGAAAAAGCUGUUCACCAAACAGACAGGAGAAAGGGGCAGAAUCUGCAACGAGGUCCUCAUUUGCGAGCGCCAGUUUCCCAAGAGGGAAUACUAUUUUGCCAUUGCAUUGGAAAGAGCCUUUCAGGGCCCCGUCCUCAUUGGCAGCGCCCAAGGUGGUGUCAACAUUGAAGAGGUGGCCGCAGAGGACCCGGGGGCCAUCGUCAAGGAGCCCGUGGACAUCAUGGAGGGCAUCCGGAAGGAGCAGGCCCUGCGCCUUGCCCAGAAGAUGGGCUUCGCCCCCAAAGUGGUGGAGGAGGCUGCCGACAACAUGGUGAAGCUCUACCACCUCUUCAUCAAGUACGACGCUCUCUUGGUGGAGAUUAACCCCAUGGUGGAAGACCUGAAGGGGAAGGUGACCUGCGUUGACGCCAAGAUCAACUUUGACAGCAACUCAGCUUUCCGCCAGAAGAGCAUCUUUGAGCUGCAGGACUGGAGCCAGGAGGACGAGAGAGACCGGGAGGCCGCCAACGCAGAGCUGAACUACAUUGCUCUGGACGGCAACAUCGGCUGCCUGGUCAACGGUGCAGGCCUGGCUAUGGCCACCAUGGACAUCAUCAAGCUCCACGGAGGGACCCCGGCCAACUUCCUCGACGUCGGAGGGGGAGCCACCCCGGAGCAAGUGAAAGAGGCCUUCAAGCUGAUCACUUCGGACGCCAGGGUCCAGUGCGUCCUGGUGAACAUUUUUGGUGGCAUCAUGCGCUGCGACAUCAUUGCACAAGGGAUCAUCAUGGCAGCCAAGGAGCUGGAGCUCAGAGUCCCGAUUGUAGUGCGUUUGCAAGGGACCCAAGUGGAGAAGGCCAAGGCGCUAAUAGCAAAAAGUGGGCUGAAGAUCUUGGCCUGCGACGACCUGGACCAGGCGGCCCAAAUGGCGGUCAAGCUCUCAGAGAUCAUUACUCUGGCGAGGCAGGCCCACCUCGAAGUCAAGUUCCAGCUGCAGACCUGAUGGUCGGGGGUCUCUGGCCUCAAGGUCCACCAAGUGUGCUCUUACUCUUAAAACAAAAUUGUCUAUACAGUAAUCUCCCUUCCCCUCUCCCCCCAAAAACAUCUUUUUUAGAAGCCUGUGUGAGUAUGGGUUCUGGUUUUCUGUUGGUUUUUAAAAAUGGUCCCUCUUUAUCUAAAGGUAUCCUGUCAUCGGUCACAGUCUUGGUUACCUCUUUUGUCCUCAAGAAGUACUGGAAGUUGGAAAUACUUUUCUUCUGAAUAAACACCUGGCCCUC